UGUCCCGUCGGCCCGGUACGCCAUGCUUGACGUGUUCCGGGGCCUGAAGAGCCUGGUGAAAAUCAGCCACGUGCACAUCGAUUCGCCCGUGUUUCGGCUACACUACAGCCUGACCGUGAUGCUGUUGUCGGCGUUCAGCCUGAUCGUCACCACCCGGCAGUACGUCGGCAACCCGAUCGACUGCGUGCACACCAAAGACAUACCUGAGGACGUGCUCAACACGUAYUGUUGGAUACACUCGACGUACACGAUUAAGGAGGCGUUCAAGAAGAAGGUGGGUGUCGCCGUCCCGUACCCAGGCGUGGACAACACCCGCGGCAAGGCGGACGACCGCAAGACUUACGGYUACUAUCAGUGGGUGUGCUUCUGCCUCUUUUUCCAGGCGAUAUUGUUCUACACGCCCAGAUGGCUGUGGAAACACUGGGAAGGUGGCAAAAUCCGGGCRCUCAUGAUGGACCUGGACGUGGCCAUUUGCACGGACGCCGAGAAGAAGCAGAAGAAAAAAAUUCUGCUCGACUACUUGUGGGAGAACCUGCGGUACCACAACUGGUGGACCUACAGGUACUAMUUGUGCGAAACGAUGGCGCUCAUGAACGUCGUUGGUCAAAUGUUCAUGAUGAAUCGCUUUUUCGACGGCGCGUUUCUGACGUUUGGUAUCGAUGUAAUCCGAUUUCUGGAGAGCGACCAAGAGGACCGAGUGGACCCGAUGAUAUUUAUAUUUCCCAGGAUGACAAAAUGCAUUUUCCACAAAUUCGGAGUGUCCGGCGAGGUGGAGACGCACGACUCCAUAUGCAUAUUGCCGCUGAAUGCCGUCAACGAAAAGAUCUACGUCUUCCUGUGGUUUUGGUUCAUGAUCCUCGGCGUCUUGUCGGCGGCUGUGAUCGUUUACAGGUUCAUCAUAAUAGUGUCGCCGCGAAUGCGCGUGUACCUAUUCUGCAUACGAUUCCGGUUGAUCAAACGGCAGGCCAUCGGAAACAUCGUGCGCCGGUCGAAGCUGGGCGAUUGGAUGCUGCUGUACGUGCUCGGCGACAACAUCGACUCGGUCGUGUUCAGAGACAUCGUGCACGAUUUGUCGCACCGGCUGGAAGCGUAUCACAACAAAAACUCGACGGUCAGGACGGUGGACGCGUGACGGCAGCGGUGGUGGCUUGCUGUCGGCAGUAUAAUAUUAUUGUGCUCAAAUCGAUAAUAAUAUUUGUUACAGGGUAAACUACGACCGACCUGCAAGCGACUGCAUUAUAAUAUAUUAUUAUACAACGACUGUAAACGGAUUUCGUCUGCAACGGUUGCGCGCGGAGGAGAAGACUAUUAUUAUAAUAAUAAUAUAUAUAGGACGGGGCAGCUCUCAUAUUAUAAGUUGUCUCGGAAAACUAAGGUCGUCAGACAUUGGAAUUGACGAACGCGUGCACUUACAAAUUCGUGAAUUGUCGCCUAAACGAAUUGUUAAAAAAAUAUAUUUAUUUGUAAUUUUUUGGUUUUAGAGUUUUUGCUGUCGAAAAAAAAAUAUGAAAAC